AUGCGCGGACGACGCUGCGUGCUGCUCGGCGUGCUGGCCGCGCUCGUGUCCCUCCUACACUCGCAGUCCUCUCUAGUGACUGCUGCCCCCGUCGAUGGCGUGAUCAUCGUGCGUGGCCACAAGCUCUACAAUGCCAAGACCGGCGAGCGGUUCUUCAUCAAAGGCCUGACCUACGAGUACGCCGUGAGUGACGAGUACUAUGACAAGUACUCGAAGGCGACGAUCGAAGAGAACCUCGCUGGUCUCAAGUACAACACGCUGCGUCUGUACAAUAUCAACCCCGAGGCGUCGUAUGUGAAGUUCAUGGCCGACAUGGCCAAGCUCGGCGUCUACGUGAUGGUAUCGGCCUCGCCGGAUAACGACGUGUACUAUGGCAAAUACCGGUACUCGACGAUCACCAAGAAAUUGAGCUGCACCGGUAAAGUCUCGUCCAACGAUGGCGGGGCCAAGACCGUGGACCAGACUGAGACGUGUUAUCCGGCGCUACUGCUCGAGUAUGGCAAGAAGAUUAUCAAGAACUUUGCCCAGUACGACAAUACGUUGGGUGUCGUCGUGGCCAAUGAGAUCAUGCAAAUGGACUUGACGUCCGCGUCUUGCGUGAAGGCGUACGUGUCGGACCUCAAGACGUGGAUGGCAGUGAAUGGCAAGAAGUUGCGCCUCUUGCCGCUCGCUUAUGCAGCUGCAGACAGUAGCACGGACCAGGUCUCGAAUGCCGACGAGUACCACGUGAUCAAGGUCCAGGGGCUGUUGUGUGGCGACAAGAUGAUCAACGGCAUGAUGGCCAAGAGCAUUGACAUUUACCUGAUCAACGAGUACCGCUGGUGUCCGGACUCGACAUUUGCCGAGGCGUACAAGCGCUACAUUGACAUGGCGCAGGGCAUUCCGAUCGUCGUUGCGUUUGGCGAGUACGGCUGUAAAACGUCUGCUUCGACUCCUCGCGAUUGGGGCAUGAUCCCUUACAUGUACGAAGUGCCGUCAAAAACGGAGCAGUUCACGGCAGUGUGGUCGGGUGGGCUGGCCUAUUCGUAUGGCGAGGCAAAGCUUGGCAAAGACUCGCUGUUCCCGAUGUUCAAAGGCGGAAGCACGGACUUCCUGUCGACGCCUAGUUCAAAGCCGUUGGUGGAUUACACGAACUUGAAGGCUCAGUUUGCCAAGUACUCGGGCUUUAAGGACGAUGCAAAGUGGACGGACAGCACUGUGUGCUCGUGGAAGCCUACGUUGGAAACGAAGACACAGCCUUCGAACAAGAUAGCGUCAAAGUACGGCUGGAUCGUGAACAGCUGCACUUCGAGUAACUUGAAGCUCGCCAGCACCGACUCGUGGGUCUGUUCGAGCCGCGAAGGUGUGGUCUGUUCAGACGAUGGCAGUACGUGUGACGUGGCCCUGAGCGGCAGCCUCGGUACGACCCAGGAAGACAUUUGCGGCACGUACGAAGUCGUGAGUGGCGGCGGGACGUGUGAGACAACGACGGACUGCGGUGGCAACGGGCAGUGCAAGGAGUCGAACGGCACAAAGUCGUGCAGCUGCCUGUCGUGCUACACUGGCACGGAUUGCAGCGUGCGAGACAUUACCUCGUGCGCGACGCUGAGCAGCUCGGACUCGGCUCCUCACAUGAUUUUUGUUGGCGUCGGUGUGUUCUUGGGCGUCAUGCUGGUGGUGUUCAUCGCCCUCGGCGUUGCAGCAGCCAAGAAGAAAGCUGAAACCAACAAACUGGCGCAACAAGUGCGAACCGACGUGAAUAGCCAAGCGACGGCGGACACUCUCUAG